AGCGGCCAUCGGUGGAAAGCGUAGGAAAUGAUAAAUAAGAGGAGAAGAGUGCCCUGAAUUUUUCAACCCGGACCCUCGCACGUGUGUGCACGCGUGCAUGUGCAACACUGUGUGGACAUUUUUAAAUAUUAAAUUUCGUGCGCGCGUAAUUGGCCACGGGUCGUUUGACGUAUGUGGCGCGUCACGGUCUGUAAUCCGUGUCGGAUUAACAGUAUCUCGUCGAGGCGUGUUAAUUAAUUCCGCGGUGACUAAUUCCCCGACUCGCGUAAUUAAGGAUCAUUCGGAGCCGCGCCGCGUCAUUUAACGAAAAUGUAAAUAAGCGAACUUUCGCCGGUAUAAACGAAAAGCGGACUUGAUUCGAAACUCGAUUCUCUCUCUCCCAUCCCUUCCUUAUUCUCGAUUCAAAUUUCUUCGGAUCGUAUCCGAAAAAUCCUCUUCCUUCUCGAUAAAUUUUUUAUCCCUUGUUGAAACACUGCUCUUUUUUUUCAUUCACGAAUGCUUUCCGAUCUUCAUCGCAAGAAUCUCAUUUGAAUUCGAAACGAUCGUGUAUGCAACACAUAAGCAAAGAUUCGCGAUUCUCGUUUGUAAACUGGCCUUUAAACUCCAUUCGCGGCCUGUUCGUUGCGCGGGGGUUCAAGCUUCGCUUGGCAACCGGGUCAGAGGGAUACUUACUUACGGGGCUGUACGACAUUGUUUUGAAUCGGGAGUCCCUCCUUCCGAAGGAGGAGGCGUUAAACAGCGCGUGGAUCAGGUGUGAGCCGGUAUCGUAAGGACGAGGUAGGAGGAAACGCGGGAAAUACUCUUAUAAAAGAGCGGCCAUCAGAGCAAUUUCAAUUAGUCCGCGAUAUUUUUCGAAACCGUGUACACCUCGCCGCUCUAAAUAUCUUCGAUAUCGCGUCCAUUACGCCGUGUCGUCCCGCGGUCAUGAGGGGAAAGAGUAGAUCUUGCCACGAAUUCGCGUUGCUCGUCGUUUGCCUGGUUGCGACGCUGUUCGACGCGGCGCAGAGCAGGAACGAGUACACGAGAUUGUUCGACAAAUGCGCGGCGGAGAGGAACGCGUUCGAUUGCUUGAAAAGGAGAGCGUUGGAGAUCCUGGAUUCGGCGAUCAAGGAUGACACGGUGUACGUGUUGAACGAGUACGUGUCGAUCGGCAGGGAUCCCUCGGCCACGGCAAAGAAUAUCGACAGAUCGUUCAAGGAAAAUGGGACCGAGCUUAGUCUGGAUCAGAUGCUGGAUAACAAGUUUCACGAGUAUAUUUCUUCUAGGAACGUGAAGCUCACUAUUCCUGGGGACGCGUUUCAAGGUCGAAAGAAAAAGGACAAGGGUUACGGUGCACUGAUAAUGGGCGCGAUGGCGGUGGGAGCUAUGAUGGCGCAACUGGCCUACGGUAAAAUCGCCUUCAUCGCUGGCACCGCCCUGCUCACAGCCAAAAUAGCCUUGGUUUUGAGCGCAAUAAUCGGAUUGAAGAAGCUGGUGUCCAGCCACGGCGGAGGUGGCCACGAGGUUAUUUAUGCUACAGGCUCCGAACACCAUGGAAGUUAUGGAGGGGGAUACGGAGGUGGCUGGCAAAGAGCUAUGGAGGACGUUCCUACAACUUGAACGAAACGAACGAAACUUAAUUUAUUUCCUGUACGAUAUUUUUGUUAAGCGUGUAAUGCAAGUAAAAAAAAAAAGGAUAGAGAUACUUUCUAUUUGUACAUAAAUAAAGAUAUAAUUAGACGUCGAUGACAGCCUGAUUUGAGCGAUGUUAUAAUCGAGCAAGUUAUAAAAUAGACGAUUGAAUAGUUUUUCUGUUGAGAAUUUAUGUAUAUUUUGUAGUUAGAAUAGUCGAAGAACCAAAAAUUAUAUAGUAUUGUAUCGUAUAUUGUAUUUAUUUAUUUUCCAAGUAUGCAAAUGUGUUCGUGUCAUUUGCGUAAAAAUGACAUCAAUAAAAAAUUUCAGAGGAAUAUAA